UUUACUUUUCUCUUUCUGAUUUUUUUUCCUUUGAAGAGGGGAAAGGGGUGACGGUUUUUAUUCACGUAACCCCCACACACGCUCAUUUGGUUCGGCCCGCCCCUUGAUUUCCGCCAGCUGGGCCGCGACUGCGCAGGCGCCAAGGCUCUCGACGGAAGCGCGAGAGCUGUGGGAAGUGAGCGCGCAGGCGCAGAGAAGGGGAAAGAGGCUGGGGCUGUGAGUGCGCAGGCGCGGGAAGAUGCAUGGCGCCGUGUGGGUUUCGGGUCCCUUCUGAGUUUUGAACCCGGCACCUCCAUCUUCCCUUUGGGUCUUCCCACCCAGACAUCAUGGUGACGGAGAAGGAAGUGGAGCAGAUCGGCCGCAUCCUUGUGGAUGCCAGCUGGCCCCUGAAGGCCCGCUUCCGGGCCCUCUUCACCCUACGCAACUUUGGGGGUGCCGCAGCCGUGGAAUGGAUCAGCAAAGGUUUCAGGGAUGACUCUGCCCUGCUCAAGCACGAGCUGGCCUACUGCCUGGGCCAGAUGCGGGACGAAAGCGCCAUCCCCGUGCUGGUGGAAGUCCUGCAAGACACAAGCCAGGAACCCAUGGUCCGACAUGAAGCAGGGGAAGCUUUAGGCGCGAUUGGGAAUCCCAAAGUACUGGACGUCCUGAAGCAAUAUUCCAAUGAUCCCAUCGUCGAGGUUGCAGAGACCUGCCAGCUGGCCGUGAAGCGCCUCGAGUGGCUUCAGGAGAACAGGGAGGAGCCGUCCGCCAACCCCUACUGCUCCGUGGAUCCGGCUCCCCCGGCAGAAGAGGUGGACGUGGAGAAACUGAGGCAGACCCUGCUGGACGAAUCCAAGCCACUCUUUGACCGCUACCGGGCCAUGUUUGCCCUGCGUAACCUUGGGGGAGAAGCUGCCGUCCUGGCCCUCGCUGACGGCCUGCGGUGUGGCAGCGCUCUCUUCCGCCACGAGAUCGCCUACGUCCUGGGCCAGAUGCAGCACGAGGCCAGUGUCCCGCAGCUGACGGCCUCGCUGGAGUGCCAGGCCGAGAGCCCCAUGGUGCGCCACGAGUGCGCCGAGGCUCUGGGCGCGAUCGCCAAAGCCCCCUGCCUGGCCGCCCUGCAGACGUACGCCCAGGAUGAGGAGCGGGUGGUCCGUGAGAGCUGCGAGGUGGCCUUGGACAUGUAUGACUACGAGAACAGCCCCGAACUCCAGUACGCCAACGGGCUGAGCCAGCUGAAGGCUUCAGGCUGAAAGGGGGCUGGCCCCACUGUCCUGGUUUUGCCCCCCCCCCCACUCUUACCAUUGUUUAUCUCGGGAGAAUCUUCAAUACCAGCCCUGAGAAACAGGAACCGGGGAAACCAGCUGGCCUUGGAUGAUCAUUUAUGACCUGCUUCUUUCUCUAGUAGGACGGGAAGGGUUAUAUUUCUGCUUUGGAGAACUUUGGAGUUGGGUUGGUGAUCCUGCAGUUUUUGGAAAGGGGGGGAACCCAAUUGCUUUUUCUUAGGGCUGUGGGACCUGCUUCUCGCCCUUUUUCUGUAUUUAUAAAGCAACAGAAAAUAUU